UAGAGCUGAAUAGUCCAACUGAUCGUAAUGUCAGCCUUAAAAAACCCAUUUAGUGGGUUAAUGCUCUGCAGUUUUUUGGUUAUAUUGCAGUGUAUAUCUGCAGAAGUGGGAAAACUAGUCUGCUUUUACGAUGCCAAGAGUUUUGUGCGCGAAGGUCCCGCUCAAAUGUCACUGACCGAAUUGGAGCCCGCCUUGACUUUCUGCAACUUUUUGGUCUACGGUUAUGCGGGCAUCGAUGACGAGAAUUAUAAGAUCAAGAGUUUAAAUCCUACCUUAACCCAUGACCGCCAACACUAUCGCCACAUAACCGCUCUACGGCAAAAGUUCCCACAUGUUCGAUUCCUUCUCUCAGUGGGCGGGGAUCAGGAUUUGGACAGCGAGGGCGUGGCAGACAGUGGCAAGUACCUGAGAUUACUGGAACAGCCGGAGCAUAGGAAAAGCUUCCAGGCGAGCGUUGUGGCAGAGCUGAACAACCAUGGCUUCGAUGGAAUCGAUCUCUCCUGGCAGUUCCCCAAAAACAAACCCAAAGUGCAGCAGGGUGUAUUCAAGCGGGUUUGGGGCUCGUUUCGUGGCCUCUUCAGUUCCAAGUCGGUGGAUGAGAAGGCCGAGGAGCACAAGGAGCAGUUCGCCACCCUUCUUGGAGAACUACGAUCGGCUUUGCGAGGCAGUGGUCAGCUCUUGACUGUCAGCAUGCUGCCACAUGUUUCAGCAGAACUUUUCAUUGAUGUUCCCACUGUUCUGAAUAAUGUGGACUUCGUCAACCUGGGCACCUAUGACUUCCAGACCCCGGAACGUGAUCCCAAGGAGGCAGAUCUACCCGCUCCACUGUAUGAAAUGUACGAUCGGGAUCCCAGCCACAAUGUGAUGCACCAGGUGCAGUAUUGGCUGAACCAGACAUCCCAAAUCAGUGCCCACAAGUUGCAUGUUGGAGUGGCCACAUAUGGGCGUGCUUGGAUUAUGACCCGGAACUCUGGAAUCACUGGCUAUCCACCGAUUCCCGCCGCGAAUGGAGCUGCACCGGCGGGCAGGCAAACGGUCACUCCUGGAUUACUCAGUUGGCCGGAGACGUGCGAGCUGUUGCAACAGCAGCCGAAGGAUCGGGAUGUGCCUCAUCUGAGGAAGGUGGGCGAUCCCACCAAGCGUUUCGGCAUCUACGCUUAUCGGGCGGCGGAUGACAAGGGGGAGAAUGGACUGUGGGUUGGCUACGAGGAUCCCACAACGGCGGCCCUUAAGGCCGAUUUCGUCCAGGCCAAAGGAUUGGGCGGAGUGGCCCUCCACGACCUGUCCAUGGAUGAUUUUCGAGGUCAGUGUGCCGGCGAAAAGUUUCCCAUUAUGCGGAGCAUCAAAUUUAAGCUAUAGGUCUGCUGUUCAGCUCCAAUUUAUAAAAAUGUAAAAUAAAUAGAAGUCCUAAAAGUCCAA